UUUCAUAGAAACUUGUAAAAAUCAACAAAACUUAGAUGGUAACAAGGAUACUCAAAUUUGCGAAACUGACUAUAACAGUCUCCUAUUAACAAUUGCCUCUGUAGGUGGUGUUGAGAUUAUUUCCACGCUUUAUUAUGCUAAAAUUGUUAAUGAUUAUUCAAAAAUCCGUAAACGUAGAGAAAUUGACGAAGAUGUUUAUAUUACUCCAUACAAUUACUGA